AUGCUCUGCCGCUUCCCUGGCUACGGCGCCUCCUUCCUCACCUUGAACAGAAGCUACCAGACGGUGACGCCGCUGUCUCCGCCGUCGCCACCGCCGUCACCACCGCCACCACCACCACCACCACCACCACCACCGCCACCGCCACUACCACCACCAUCGCCACCGCCACCGCCGCCGCCCCAGCUGCUCGUGCUCUCGGAUUGCCACUUUCUCCUGCGGGGAGAUCUACAUCUACAUAUAUACUACUCCCCGGGAAGAAGAAGACGCGCCGGGAGAAGGUGAUUUUAUGAUAGGCCCUACAAAAUAAUAUUUCAUGUAAUCAAACCAUCAAAUAAUUUUAAUUUCAUUUAGACCUGUCUCUUAUCUGAAGCUCGCCGACACUUCCUUCCCCAAAAAUAUGAGAAUAACCCUACUUUACGAACAAUUGCGGCGUCGACAGCUCCUUGGAGGGGAAUUAUAAACUAAAAAGGUUACAAUUACGUUUAUGUUUCUAUUAGUAUCAUUUAUUAAAAAACAUUUUAAAGAGGAGUAUAUGUGCAAAUACACCCUCGAGGGGGUACUACAUGACUGCGAUCCACGUCGUACUCAUGCAAGUACACGCCCACUGGUCGCCGGUCGCAAAGAGCACGCCACGUGUACAGUCGUAGCACUUACGUACGACGCGGGAGUACAACUAAUUAGGAGGGCUUUUCGGUGCUGACGUGUAGGAUGAACCAGUGGCCAACGGUUCAACGGCGGCCACGAUGGGAUCGAUCAAUAGCCCUCCUCUCACGUGCGAGUUCGAGAGAGAGAGAGAGAGAGGUGGAGAGAGAUCAGCAGAAGUAAAGAGAGAGAGAAAGAGAGAGAGAACAAUCGUUAAAGUUAGCGAUAUUAGAAAGUGCAGAGAGAAACGAUUGUUGAAGCUUGAGACUUCGACAAAUUGAUAGAGAGAGAGAGAGAGAGAGAGAGAGAGAGAACUGGAGACAGAUGUAGUGGAGAGGUACGGAGGGAGAUGAGAGUUGAUGCGUGAGAAACACAGAGAUCAUAAGAAGGGGGGUAUUUUGGUCAUUAUACAUAACAUGCACGUGAGAGGCCUUCUUGCCUUCGUGCUCCUAGACACGUGCCUGUUUUCGCUGCGAGUCUACUACAGGAAAUAUACCCAUUUUUGCGUGAAAUUAAAAAAUGCCUAUAUCGCACUAAUUUUAUGUGGUUAAUUAAAAUGAUAAUUAAUUAACUAAUUAAUAAAACCUUGUUUGUGGGGGAUUUAAUUAUCAAAAAAAUACCCCCCAUUAAUUCUACUCCUCCUCGCAGCAUCAGUAUCCAGCAUUCGCGAACUCCAAGUUCUUCGGAGCAGAAAGUUUUGGAACCCAUAGAUCAGGGCUCUGGUUUUAGGGUUCUUCUCCUGGAACCCAUUGAUUCUUUUUUGUAAAAAAAGAAAAAAAAAAUUAUUCCCAUGGAGCACGCCUGAUUGUUCCUCAAUAAUCCUCGUCGUCGACCCUCUGAGAGCAGUAAAUCUCUGGAGUUUGUUGCCCUAAUUCACAGAGCUUUGGAUUCCCUGGUACGACGACGACUUUGCUUCUUCCAUUGGGUGGUGGUUCAAGCUUGGUGGGCUUUUAUAGUUUUACAGUCGGCCCUGCUCCGCUUCUCUGCAAGCCCAGUAAGCUGCAGGGGUUUAAGACGGCGGAGGGAUUUAUCGCCGCCGCUUCUGCCGUCGAAGCUCCUCCUUUCCUGCGGCGGCGGCGGCGGCGGGAUGGCGCGGCGGGAACUGCGAUCCCUCGCCGACGAGUACGGACUGAAACCGGCCGACGCAAGGCCUCCGCCUCCGACACCUCCACCAUCGCCAUCGCCAUCGCCAUCCCCUAGGUCGGUGAUCCCCUUCUCACUCGUGAGGUUUUUCUCCUGUCCUUCUCGUCGCGCAUUGGGGUUUCUCGCUCUGUGA